GUCGUGGAUACGCGAAGCGUAGAAACGACUAUUGUUAUGGGGCAAAAUAUGCUUAUGUAUCACACUUUUGGCCGAUAACACAUUGAGAGCCUGGGUACGAGUUCUCGAAGACCUCCAAAGUCGAGAGCGGCCAUUUUGAUUUUGGUUCUUGUGUUUCGCUUUUGUAAAUAUGUAGUAUUUUGCUUAGUGCUUUUGCUCACACGUAGAUGAAAGUUGAGAGAGGUAUUUGUGACUGUGGUCAUGUAACGGUCACAACAGCGCGGCCGGCGAGCUCAAAGAAUUGAUACAAGUCGAAGUCAAGAAGUGAGAUCGUGUUUACCAGACGUGGCUCGUAGCUUUUUUCUUUUUUCUUGGCUAGAAGAGUUGGUGGUUUCCACUCGCUUUCUCUCUUUGUAGAGUCCAAGGUAAGUCUAAGGUAGCCUGUUUCUGUAUUGUAUUUUUUUAUAUAUAUACAUACUGAAAUUCUGGCAUUGCUGAGCACGACGUAUCUUAAAUUCGAAACUCGUGAUUUAAUUAUUUUUUAUUUUAAAAUAAGCUUACCUCAAGGAAAAAAUUCAAAUUGCCUGAUCUUUUAAUUUUGUUGUUCUUCACACUACAUUUCUUCUGUGUUCUAUGCAGUUCGACUAUAGUGAGCAUUUCUUCAUGAAUGGUACACAAGUCAGCAUCCACGAUUGAGUAAAUAUGCCAGCUAAAAUUUAAGUGAUGGAUAGACAAGACUGUGCAGAUCUACUUUUUUGCGAGAGAGAUUUACUGUCCAAUCAUGUCAAACACACUGGUGAUGUAUGUAUAAUCUUAUUUUUGUUUUUAAAAUGAGAUAUGUAAACAAAGUUCCGGAAUAAAAACUUGAAAUUAUAUAAAUUGUACCUGUCAACAAUCGUUUUGAAUAUUUCUGCAUUGCCAGUGAAAUGAACACAAACAAUUGCCAAGAUAAGAGUAAAAUAGUGUGAUUUCUGUUUCCAAAAAAGAAACUAUUGCUAUUUUUAUUGUCUACAUUACAAUCUGGGGGACUCCAAUGGUUGACUCGAGGUGCACUUUUUAUCAGCGGGGACUUAUGACAAAAAGGCGGGGAUUUUAGACAUUCCUUGCUAAUUUAUCCACGAAAAGAGACGUAAUGGGUGUACUGUAGAUAUGUGAAGUUUGGAGCUACAUGUAUAUGAAAGGGUAAACUUUUCGGGAAAAAAAAAACACUAUACAAAAGGGAAAUUAUCUUGACCUUGGGGCAGAGCCUCCUUGUGUAAAACUUGGUUAGGUCCCUUUUCCCUCCUCCUGGGCGUAGUUACAUGGAGAAAAUUUAUAUAUGACUGUAAAUAAAAACAUCCCCUUCACUUUGGGUUCAAAUUCAAAAACAAAAUUGAACUUUUUUGGUACAAGAUGUAGCAGGGAUUUUAUGGCAGAGUAUCAUUUUCAGCCAAACUUUUUCAAGUAGCCCUUUCUGGGAGGAAUGCUGAAAACUGUUUGAAAUGAUUCUUAUAAUAUUUGCAGAAAUACUUUUCUCUCUAUUCCCAUUUAAGCUAGCUAAAAUCAUGUUGUUUGUAUUUGCAAUAUCUUUUAAUUAUUUAUUCAACUUUGCCUAUCUAAUUAAAAUACUUACAUACACAGAUUUUUUAUUAUUAGGCAAGGAGACCACUACAGCUUAGCCAAUUAUACAGUCGAUCCCUCGUAAUAUCAGUGUCCCACUAAGGGAAAUUCCUUUUUCUUAAGGUUUAAACACAGCGAAGAAAGAACACAAGGCUAACUGGUACUCAAACACGAGCAAAGUGACAUUUUAGACCUCAGGAAAUAUCUGCACAAAAUGCUAUUACAUUUUAACGUUGGCAUUUUAAUCUUUAUCAUCUCGACUUCAUUGUUGGAGAUUGCACAUAGCUGUGGCAGAAGAAGGCGCAGUUGUCAUGCAGUACAUGGCGGAUGGAGUAGAUGGUCUCCAGUUUCAAUAAACCAUUGCAGUUGCAGUGGCAAAGCUCGUCAGGUUCGACGCUGUACUAAUCCUAGUCCCCGCUGUGGAGGAUGGUCUUGUUCAGGUGGCUCUACACGAUAUGUUAAUUGUAACGAAUGCAGUUGCAACAAUGGAGGCUGUCAGCACAUCUGUGAGGAAACCGACGCGGGACGUACCUGCUCAUGCCUUCCAGGAUAUAAACGCAGUGGAACUUCAUGUACUGAAAUACGUUGCGCUACAAGUGAUUGGAGGACUCCGGAUAAUGGCGUCAAAAACCCUCAACACGUCUGUAGUGAUGGACGGAAAGUAAAAGUGAAUACAUUAUGCAGGGUUGAGUGUAAAUUUGGUUACCAGCUUGAAGACACCUCAAUUGCAACAGCUGUGUGCACUACACAAGGCAACUGGAACCCAAGGAACUCUCCUAAAUGUAUCGCGAAAAAAUGUAGCCCCGUGGUUCUUCCUAAUCGUGGACGCGUAACUCCCUCUUCGUGUAAGACUGGGGCGUCUCAUGGUGAAACAUGCUACUUUAAAUGCCUGGAUAACUUCGAAGUCGAUAACACUAAAGCUUCUUGUUACAAUGGAGACUGGAGUACUAGUCCGUUUUUCAGUUGCGUCGACAAAACAAAGCCGGUGUUUACGAGUGGAUGUCCGUCAGACCAAUCUGUCAUUGCCGAUAAAGGAAAGACGGACAAAAUGGUCUACUGGCCGGCAAUUACGGCUGAGGAUAAUGAUGGUGAAGUUCCCGACAUGGAAGUUACUCCAGUAGAGAUUUUUCCGACAGAUACAUCGUAUAAAUUUUCAAAAGGAACCCACGUUGUAACUUUUACGGCAAGGGAUCAAAGAGGAAAUUCACGAUCUUGCUCUUUCAGAGUAGAAGUGAAAGGUAGUAGAUGUCGGUUGUUUACGGUGGUUAUUUACAUUGGUAACAGCUACUUUCCCUUCAAUUCUCGGUCUUACUAAAACACUCAUAUAAACUGUAAUGGUUGACAUCCUUAUAUGAACCAGUGGCAGAUCCAGACCUUGAGCUAAGGGGGCGGGGGCACGGUUUUGUUUUGCUUGCCCUGCCGG